UCAUUUAGACUUCGGUUCUGUUUGGGUAGGUUGACAGUUUGCUUGGUGCUCGCGGUGGUUCUUUUGAGCACGAGGCAACUAGAAGAAUGCGAAAUGAGUUUAUGGCAGCUUGGGAUGGAUUGAGGUCAAAAGACAGCCAGAGAAUCCUCAUCCUUGGUGCCACAAAUCGGCCGUUCGACCUUGAUGAUGCUGUCAUUCGUCGUUUACCUAGAAGGAUAUAUGUGGAUCUACCAGAUGCUGAAAAUCGUGUAAAGAUACUUAGAAUAUUUCUUGCUAAAGAAAACUUAGAACCUGAAUUUCAGUUUGAAAAGCUUGCAAAUGCAACUGAAGGAUAUUCAGGAAGUGAUUUGAAGAACCUUUGUAUUGCUGCGGCAUAUAGACCUGUCCAAGAACUUCUAGAGGAAGAAAAAAAGGUGGAUAAAAAUGAUAUGGUGCCAGUAUUAAGACCACUCAAUUUGGAUGAUUUCAUUGAGUCAAAAGCCAAGGUGGGGGCAUCAGUUGCAUAUGAUGCAACAAGCAUGAAUGAGCUGAGGAAAUGGAAUGACCAGUACGGAGAAGGUGGAAGUAGGAGAACGUCACCAUUCGGUUUUUGAAACAAACUCGAUGGAUUAUUACUUUUCAAAUUUUUAUUCUUUAGACAGCAUACAAUCCCGGAUGUGUAUUCCUUCCGAAAAGGAAUUUCUCUUCUCAUCCAAUUUUUGUAUUAGUGAGAGAUUAGGUGUUCUCUUAUAAUGUUAAGUAAUGUUGUUGGUCCUAGGGGAUGUAAAAUAAUGGGUAACAUGCCAAUGUAAGUGGCAAGUUAAUUUAUUUUAUAGUGAGCUAUUUUCGUGCUCUUGAUCAUUAAGCCUCAUUUACAGAGAUUUCUUGAAAGAACCAUUGUCUUGUUUGUUUA